GACGACGACGAGAACGAUGACGACGAAGAUGACGAACGUGGCAGCAUCGGCGGAAGUAGGAGUCGCGGCGAUCAGUCGUCACCGCUACCGCCGCCCACGCCCAACGAAAACGACACUUCAGACCGACUGAUGCAUCUCGAACACAAAUUCUACUGUCGAGAUGGUAUCGAUGCCCAGAGUAAUAAAAGUGAAAAGUCUCAAUCACCGGUUCCAGAAGAAGAUGAUAAUGGAGACGAGGAAAGGGUGGAAGAUAUCGUUGAUCACAGCGAGGACAGUACUGGAAGUGAUUUGUUGCUCAACUCAGAUGGAUCACCUGACAGAAUUGGAGCAUUAAACUUGGUUUCACACAGACACUCUGGUAGCUCUUCGAGCUCAGGCGUUAGCAGUACCGGACCAUCGGGAAAUUGUUCAGCAAAUGUAACAAGUGSUAGUGAUCCAUUAGCUGCACUACAAAGUCAGCAAUUUGCACAGAUUCCUGGAUUGGGAGUGUUGUCACCACAAAGCAAUCCAUUGAUUGGAAGUCCCCCAGGGGGCCAAUCAUCUCUAACACCUCAAGAACUUCAAGCACUUUUCCAACAACAGAUUCAAUACUUACUUAUGAGACAGUCUACAGCAACACAUCAGAACCAGACUCCAUUUUUUUUCCAAAAUCAAGUUCACCAAGCAUUGACUCAAGCAUCACUUCAACUACAACAGAUCCAACAGGCUCAAAAUAUGACUAACAACCAUCAGCAUUCGCCUGUUGGUAAUGGUCCUAAUCAGUCUAUACGUCCAGCUGCUUCUUCAACACCAUCACAUCAUUCUAAACACUCUGCUCAGACCCAAUCAUCGAAUAAUGACUUGGAUCUAUCUGCAGCAGCAGCUCUAAGCCGACUGGCAGAAACUAAAACUAGCACUGAUGAUACUACCGAUCUCGAAGAAUUAGAACAAUUUGCUAAACUUUUUAAGCAAAGACGCAUCAAAUUAGGUUUUACUCAAGGUGAUGUAGGCCUUGCAAUGGGAAAACUGUAUGGCAACGAUUUCUCUCAAACAACAAUAUCUAGGUUUGAAGCGUUGAAUUUGUCAUUUAAGAAUAUGUGCAAGUUAAAACCACUGUUGCAAAAGUGGCUUGUAGAUGCUGAUAGUACAAUGACCAACCCUAGUGCUUUGUGUAAUCCUCUGACAACACCAGAAGCAAUCGGAAGACGUCGCAAGAAACGUACGUCUAUUGAAACAUCUAUAAGAUAUUCUUUAGAAAAAGCAUUUAGGGCAAAUCCUAAGCCUACAUCCGAAGAAAUAUCUGUAUUGGCCGAUAACCUAUCCAUGGAAAAAGAAGUUGUUCGUGUAUGGUUCUGCAAUCGCAGGCAAAAAGAGAAACGCAUUAAUCCGCCAACAACAACUAUGGCUGGUCAAACCACAUCUACCAACACCGAUAUGUUUACCGCUUCAAUGUCAGUACAAAACCAGAGUGACAUGUUUCCCAUGCUAACUUCUCCAGGACAUCCACUGGCACUUGUAUCUUCUCCAUCCAUCGGAGGUCAUCAUCACCAUCACCACCAUCAGAAUAAUAGUGAGUGACAUUGGUCCAUCUCAUCGUCCCUAAACAAUGGAUUUGAUGAGCUCGGUCAACGUAGAUAUUUCAGGGCUCCUAUUGAUGGCAAAUUAUCACUCUGUUAGUCAUAUAAAAUUUUGUAAUGACUUUCAUACAGAAAAUUAGCAACAAUUCCUAUUUGAAACAAAUAAUUAAAAAUAAAAACAAUUAAAAGAUCUAUCCUCGCAAUACUUAAUUAAGUAAAUCAAUUAUGAUUUAAUUUAUUACAAUAUAAUGUUAAUAUUAUAGCAUAUGUAUACCUAUAA